UGCCACUCUUCUUCUUCUUCUAAAGAACCAGUUUCCAACUUCAAAAUUCUCUCAAUUCCUUUGUUUUUUUCACUGUACUCUCUCUACCCAUGGCGUUAAUCGUCGAGAAAACCACCUCUGGCCGCGAGUACAAGGUCAAGGACAUGUCCCAGGCCGAUUUUGGCCGCCUCGAAAUCGAGCUAGCCGAAGUCGAAAUGCCUGGUUUAAUGGCUUGUCGUACUGAAUUCGGUCCAUCAAAGCCAUUCAAAGGUGCAAAAAUCACCGGAAGUUUACACAUGACGAUCCAAACCGCUGUCCUAAUUGAAACCCUUACAGCAUUGGGUGCUGAAGUUAGAUGGUGUUCUUGUAAUAUCUUCUCAACACAAGAUCACGCGGCUGCUGCCACAGCGCGUGACAGCGCCGCCGUGUUCGCGUGGAAAGGGGAGACAUUGCAGGAGUAUUGGUGGUGUACGGAAAGGGCACUUGAUUGGGGUCCAGGUGGUGGACCUGAUUUGAUUGUUGAUGAUGGUGGUGAUGCUACAUUGUUGAUUCAUGAAGGUGUUAAAGCUGAAGAGGAAUAUGCUAAAACUGGUAAAUUUCCAGAUCCUAAUUCUACUGAUAAUGUUGAGUUUCAACUUGUGCUUACGAUUAUUAAGGAGGGAUUGAAAACGGAUCCGUUAAAGUAUACGAAAAUGAAGAAGAGACUUAUUGGUGUUUCUGAAGAAACUACUACUGGUGUUAAGAGAUUGUAUCAGAUGCAGGCUAAUGGAACCUUGCUUUUCCCUGCUAUUAAUGUUAAUGACUCUGUCACCAAGAGCAAGUUUGACAACUUGUAUGGAUGCCGCCACUCACUGCCCGAUGGUCUCAUGAGGGCUACUGAUGUUAUGAUUGCUGGAAAGGUUGCCCUUAUUGCCGGCUAUGGUGAUGUUGGUAAGGGCUGUGCUGCUGCCAUGAAACAAGCAGGUGCCCGUGUGAUUGUGACUGAGAUUGACCCAAUCUGUGCUCUCCAGGCUACUAUGGAAGGCCUCCAGGUUCUUCCUCUCGAGGAUGUUGUUUCCGACAUUGAUAUCUUUGUUACCACAACCGGUAACAAGGACAUCAUCAUGGUUGACCACAUGAGGAAGAUGAAGAACAAUGCCAUUGUCUGCAACAUUGGCCACUUUGACAAUGAAAUCGACAUGCUUGGUCUCGAGACCUUCCCUGGAGUAAAGAGAAUCACAAUCAAGCCCCAAACUGACAGAUGGGUCUUCCCCGACACCAACAGUGGUAUCAUCGUUUUGGCUGAGGGUCGUCUCAUGAACUUGGGAUGUGCCACUGGACACCCCAGUUUUGUCAUGUCAUGUUCUUUCACUAACCAAGUCAUUGCUCAGCUUGAGUUGUGGAAGGAGAAGGCAACCGGCAAGUAUGAGAAAAAGGUGUAUGUCUUGCCAAAGCACCUCGAUGAGAAGGUUGCUGCCCUUCAUCUCGGAAAGCUCGGAGUCAAGCUCACUAAGCUCUCCAAGGACCAAGCUGAUUACAUUAGUGUACCAGUUGAGGGUCCUUACAAGCCUGCUCACUACAGGUACUGAGGAAAGACAAAGUGAGACUGACUGGAAAAACACACACAAUCAUAUGGCAUUGAUGUCUUCUCUUUUAUUACUUCGAUUUUGUUUUUAUUUGGGAAUAUUUUGGUGGGGUUUGAAAUAUUUGUUUGAAGUGAAAUGGUCUCAUUUGAAAGAAGACCAAAAAUGUGUUGAAAAAGGUUUAGUAUGGAGGUGGUGUGAUAGUGAUGUAUUAGCUACUGGAUUCCAUUUGGUUUUGGUUUUGGUUUAUGAUUUUCUUUGAAGAUAUUGAAGUAACCUUUUGCUCUA